GGUUCAUCUUUUGGAGCAUAUUUCAAGGUCUGGCCCCGAUGAUUUGGUUCUACCCAUUGAAUGAACUGGAAAUAUCUGGCUAUGAAGUGUUCGCUGUAGUUUGGCUUUCUCCCAUUGUCUGUCUCAUCCCGGGAGUGCUGCCGUUUCUUCAAAACAAAUGGGUUCUUAAUCUUCUCCGCCUCGUGACUGUGUCAAGUCUUGCCUCUUUCCAAGCUCCAGACACACUGUCAAGACUAACUAUACUGGCCAUAGGAGCUGGAGUAUCCAUGUUGGUGCUUGCUGCAACUCUCUGGAACCCUUCGAAGCCAAUAAGAUACAGAAGUUACUGGGGUCUGAUACUAGGUCUGCAUGCAUUUCUAGCUGGCCGGGUCUGGUACAUGACAUUUGUGCCGACAUGGUGGGAUGAUGUCAGCAACUCUGUUGUCAUUGCCUGUGGAGUCAUUUCUGUAACAGGGUUUAUUUUUGGAGAUGAUGAACCACAGCCUAACAGCUCUGCACCAGCUACCAAGGAGCAUGAACCACAGUCCAAGCCACACUGGAUGCCUUGUGGCAUAGGUUUGGGGAGCAUUCUGUACCUGACCCACAUGUGUUUUGGCGAGGCAUCUCUGGUGACUCGCUGGACGGUCAAAUCAUUCCCAGACCCCGGACCAGUGCCUUUACUGUGGGGGUCCCUAGUUCUUCUGUCACUUGCCAUUGGCUCUUUUUCCUUCUGGGCUACACGACAGAAGUACCAUAUACUUUGUGUUCUGGCUGCUUCGGCUGCUCUAUCUGGGCUGUACUGGCUAGGAAACCCUUAUCUGGCUUUUUUUGCGGGCUGUUGCCUGGCAUUCCUGACCAUGUCUUUAUGGCCCGUUGUUGUGGAGAUUGUCACCCGGAGCAGUCCAGCCUUGUGCCUUACUGUAGCAGGGGCUACCUACAUCUUCCAGUGCCUUUUCUGGGUGUGGACCGUUGCUUUCAACUUUGUGCCUUAUGGAGUCUAUACAAGAGAACAUACAGACUGGCUGAUUGGCAUUGUCAUGGGUGGCAUUCUGCUUCUAGUCCUUUUGUAUUCUCCAGAGAAAAGACGGUUUACAGUAAGCUUUGAGACUCCUCAACUGUCAUUACCUACCUCAGGAAUGUAUUUUAAAGUGCUAGUGAUGAUAUUUUUGGUUGGACAAGCUGGCAUGUUGAAUAGAUAUCACAGAUAUGCCCCAGGAGCAAGGCAGGAGAAGUUUGAUCCCAAAGUGUUUACUGCUGGUAUCUGGACCUUCCAUUUUGGCUAUGACAACAAAGGCUGGCCAAGCAUGGAACGGGCGGUGUCCACGAUCAACGAUACAGGAGUGGAUGUGCUGACUCUGCUGGAGACAGAUGCCUCUAAACCUUUCCUUGGCAACAAUGACCUGGCUACAUGGCUGGCAGAAAAACUCAACUUCUACGUGGACUUUGGACCUUCAACUAAGGAUCACACAUGGGGGAAUUUGAUCUUAUCAAGGUAUCCGAUUGUAAAAUCAGUCCACCAUCUGCUGCCGUCCCCACAUGGAGAACUGGCUCCUGCCAUUACAGCCAGUAUCAACAUCAGCGGCAGUAUAGUGGACUUUGUGGUCACUCACAUGGGCAACGACAGGGAUGUUCUGGACCGAAGGUUGCAGGCCCAGUUUCUAGCCAAAGAGCUGAAGUUGUCGCCAAAUCCUGCUGUAUUUCUGGGCUAUGUGACCUCUGCCCCAGGAAGUGAAAAUUACUAUCACCUGCUCACUGAAGGUCAAGUCAGAGACAUUGACCCUACAGACUCGGAUCGUUGGUGCGAGUAUAUCAUGUACAAGAAACUUAUACGACUAGGGUAUGCCAGGAUUAGUCAUGGUGGCUUGAGUGAUACAGAAGUACAACUGGCAACCUUUCGUAUACCUCCUGAGCCAGAUCAUUUCAGAGACAACAAAAAGACAACAAUCCUUCCGGAAAAACAUGGCAUUGACACAAAUAUACUCUUCAAUAAAAGGUUUGGCACGUAUUACAGCGGACAUGGCUUCUUUGAAGGACAUGGGUUCCACAUGGACACACCAAAAUAUUUCUACAGUGAAAAUAAAAAAGGAAAUCCUUGA